UCCUCGUCGACAUUUCUUGUCGACCGUUAUCAAUCUCGGACUAUACCGUCACGCUGUGAGUCGUUCGACGCACUGCCAAUUCCGUUGCACGUGUCUUUCUCGCGUCACUACUCACUACUCCUUGGACAAUGUCGGGGCAGAGCCUUCCUUAUCUUUGGGAAGAACUUGCUGUGCGCGACGAUCACGACCGUCUCAUUCUUGAGGAAGUUGGCUAUUUUGACCUCGAUCGUGCUGCCGGCCCUUUCGAUUUUCAAACAGUGUACUCCUCGUUCAGACGUCUUUUGAUUCGGCUAAGACUGCUUUUUGAUUUGCAAAGAGCUAACUUUCAGCUUUGUUCAACCAAAGCUGUCUUCGUUCCACUUUGGUUGCACUUCCGAAUCCUCUUACGGCUUAUCUCACUAGGAAUGAGCCUGCCACUUAAAUAUGGUCCAGACAUAACUGAGUAUCUGUUCAUCCGUCAUAUUCUGCUCCAUACACUGCUGUCUACUUUCAGAGCACUGAUUUUGCGCCCGGAUCGCCCAGGUCACGCUGAACUCGUCGACUUUCAACACCGCGUGCUCGGACUCGCGGCGGCGUGGGAGGGCCUCCUUCAGCGUAGCCUCAAUGAGUUAGAAGAGUUUGUUCUCAAACUGCUGCUACCAAAGACUAUAGACUGCCUCUUGGACUAUUCCGCAGACGAAGGGAUCGAAAAAAUCACGUCCGGCGAGUUUCAAUUACCAGAGACACCAAAUCAUUUCUACCCCUUCACAAUAAAGUCAAGAUCGAGCGACAAUGAAUCUGCCACAAGCAUCCUUCAAAGCCUCGCGCAAGAGCUGGAUAAACCGGGGUGGCUGCGAGCAUUUUGGUCUUUACACGAUGUCGUCUGGGCAGUAAUAGCCUCCGCUGUCACAAAAGAUCGCACGAAUCUCGGCUUCCGACAGACCGGUAGAGGGUCAAAUCCUGCGGCUGAGGCUCUCGCAGUGAUAUUCGCACCAGCUGAACAGAGUUCACAGCUCAGCAUACGGGCCAAGACUGUGAGGUCGUUAUCAAGUUUCAUUGCGCCGUACAGCGCGUUGGUAACGUCUUGUUACGAGGCAAGUGCUCACGCAAUACCUCCUGUACUUGAAGACUACCAGCUAAAUCGAAAACACCAAAUGGAAUUCGAGUAUGAGACAUUUCUCAUGUACAUCGUCCAACGAAAACACCAAUUGGUUUCGCUAUAUGGCUCAAAUUCCCGACAGACUAGUACUGUGAUGGGUUCUGUGCCUGUUUUCUGUUCUCAAGGCAAACGUUACAUGGAGCAUAUGCAAAUGGCACCUGAGCUGGCUGGGUUCUCAACAUCUCGGUCUCCAUCUAUCGUCAAACCAAACCCUGAGGAUCCUGCAACUGGUCACAGGAAUGGAAUCUUAAAUUCAAUCUCGACUCCGAUGAUCCCACCUAGGAGUCCACCUCGAAGCUCUGAAGUUGGCUCUACGGACUCGUCUAAUGAAAUCAGGGUCGCCUCUCGGAUGCAGAGUCAGUCACCAGGUCAAGCAUCAAGCAUCCUAACGAAUCCGACAUCUAGAACAGAAAGUGACAACGGAUCUCUGUAUGCUGAAGUUAGCGGGAAAUACACUGGUCAUGUACGGUCUAUAUCAGAACCCACUCCAAAUCCACUCACCAGAUUCCCCAAUCACAGUACAAAAAGCUCUGGGGGAAGACGAGGUAAGAUUUUUGGGUUCGGGUCUGCCUCAAUAAAAGUCGGGAGUAAACACGCCAAGAGCGAUGGAAGCAUAAUACCAAAUAAUUUGGUCGUCAAGUUUUCUCACACAGGUAAAUCUGUGAUAUUCUGGACAAGGAGUGAUUGUGGUUUUUUUGUAUGGUCAAAUCUGUUCCAUAACGAGUUGAGGCGAUGCUCUUUACUCUACGGAGUGCCUCCGCAGGCACAAGGUGCAAUUGUAAAGCACAUUUCUGCCAGCGACAAUGCAGUCGCAGUCCUUGCACACUACACCGGCGAUGGAGACAGACUUUUCCAUUUCUCCGAUCAAGGGACUCGCUUCGAAGCACUAGGAAACACUUAUCUUGGCAGUCGAGGCACAAAUUGCAUGGCAUGUUCAAUCUCUCCAAGCGGAAAUCUGGUCGCUCUCGGCUGGGGGCUGACCAUUCAACUGUACAAAUAUGACGGGCGCUCACUCUCUCUGCUCACGGCUCUUAUGGUACACGAAUCUCACAGUGGCGCCGUGGCCAGGUUUCAAGAGCUCAACUUUUCGCCCGAUUCCGAAAGGCUCGUGUCCGCGACGCAAGAGCUGGUGGACGCUCACAAACACGCGAUCUACAUCCGGAUUUGGAAUUGUGCGACUGACUAUGUAGCCCCACAAUGGAGACCACAAGGUCACACCGUAACUGUUGGAUACGGCGACGACACGGGAGUAACCGCAGUGUUCUUCGAUCCAAUGACGGUCCGAGUCCUCGUUGCGGCAAACCUGUCCAAGUCGUACUACGCAAUCUUGGGUGUGAACGGAUACAAGGCCGUCCUACAUGGUUUGUCGCCAAGAAACGUCAGCAUCGUGGCACAAGGCCCGUCAGGUAAACAUUUCGUACUGAAGACUGCGAAAAAUAACAGGAUCCACAUGCUAGAUCUCGGUAAUGGUGAGCUUAGUCCAGCCAUCGACUUGGACAGGGAGAGCAGGGGUACGAAGCGUGAAAUUGUCGCAUUGGCUAUGCCGCAGCUUGACACCGUGUUCGUUGCUUGCCGAGAAGGCUCUGCACUCGUGCUCAAGAAGCUUUACGUGGUGGGCGGCAGAGUCACUCAGUCGCAGACGGAAGACCUAGCCAGUUUAUACCAGAGAGCUUUAGCGGCCUGCUAAAUGAAACCAAUUUCACGACAGUGACUGCCUGAGUCUGCUUGUACUUGUACGGCAACUUAGUAUAGCAUCUGCUUGCACCCUCCAUGCAGAUACUUCUGCUGCGUGCUGAUUGGUUCGUGCUGCAGACGUGCUAGUUCCUACCGUCCACUAAGCUCCGAAUGCAGCUAGCUGAUUUACAUUUCCGGCCAUUUUGGACUCCCAGAAUAUGCAGUCGGAAAGGCCUUCCACCUAAUCUCUGGGAUAAGUAUUGAUGGCUUAACAUUUUGGGCGUCGGGCGAGGUGCAGCACUGCAUCCCGCGAUAGCCAUCGCUAUGUCUAUUGGACAUGUUCUUUGGAUGGCUGCAUGAUGCUGCUAGCAGGGCUGGAUUGGACUGCCAAAACUACUUGGACAAAGAGAAACGUAGCGGUCAUCAUGAUGAUCGAACAAAACUACUCUCACAUGGUCUCAGGAGGAAAAUUAGUACAUGCUGUUCCGGAUCAACAAGCUUCGGAUAGAGUUCAAAGUGCUACGCUGUACAGGGUGCGUUCCCGAGCAUGUGCCUGCCAUGUCGACAAGGCUACGAGUCGGCAAAGAUUUAUGAAGGUCAGACCAACUUUUGGGUAGGACACCACCGGCACGCCAUCAAAGAAAGCCUCAUUUAGGAUGGAAGCUUCGCUUAGGAUUGCAGAAAAAUAAAAGGGAAAAAAAUCGGUAUAGGCGGAUGGGCUCUUCUGGUAUGCGCGAACAGAUGUGAAUUUAGUGUUAGCAUGACAAAGACAGAUGGAGACACACACACCCCGAACGUACAGUACUGCAGCCUCAGCUCCAAGUCAGUCCGUGCGCCACAAAACUUCAGGAUGUGCCGCU